CUCUGAUUAGCCACAAUAUUGACCAAAGUACCGUUUCCAGCCCAGUGUUAAGAUGCACAUGCGUUAGGCCGUUGUAAGCGUGGCUGUAGUAGUUGCGAGUGAUAUAAAACAUAUUUCUAACCUUCGCAAAUGGCACCCAAAAGACUAAAAGCAUGUACUAGUUAAUCGACCCGCGAAGCCGAUUCCCAAGCAUCAGCUUGUGUACUCAGGGAAGCAACCCAUCGGCCAGCUUGCCAGUCGUGGAGCGCCAUGGGCUACACAAUGUCAAGAGAAGCGUUCCUCAGUUACCAGGGUCUGUUCGAUGUCAAGAUAUGUGAAGAUUCCCGAUCGCCGGUGCGCAAGUCAAGACUAGGAAACCAUCCUCAGAAGACGCUGCUCCUGAUACUAGAGCGCAAUUACAUGGCGUACGUGGUUCAGGUGUUCUUACCGAGCAUCUUUUUUGUUCUCAUUGCUUGGCUGAGCAUCCUGAUCCCGCCCACGAUGCUGCGCACCCGCCUCCUGCUGAACAGCACCAACCUGCUGACUAUACUCUCCAUGUUCUUGGCCGUAUCCAAGACGGAAUCGGCCAGCAUACCCAAGGUCAGCUACCUCACCGCACUCAACCUGUGGAUGUUCGUCUGCGUAAGCUUCACCUUCACCUCCGUCCUGCUCGUGAUCUUCGACAUCCGGCUGAUUUCCCUGCUCACGAACAGCGUCGGUAAGCUGCAGCCGAUUAAGAGGGUGCUGCUGGACGUCUACCAGCAGUCGUCCGGCGGCAAAGGGCGCCGCGGCACCGAGUUCGCCGCCGAGCUGGACUACCUGGCGCAUCUGCACCAGGCGGCCAUCGAGGCCUCCGCCUCGGCGCGCGGCUCGGGCUCCUGGAGCGAGGACGGCUCGGACAAGCCGGAAGCCGCGCAGGACGACGACGGCGACCUGUUCGAGGACGCGUCCGGCGUCACGCCCGUGCCCAGCUUCGAAGCGCCGCGGCCCGGCCGGGUGGAGGUGCGCGUGCGCCGCAAGCGUCGCCUCUGGCUCGAGAUGACCGCCUUCUACGAGCGGCUCUACCUGCUGGCCUUCCCAGCGCUGUUCGUGCUGUUUCUGAUAGUGUUCGUCUCGUACUACCGGUGGACGCGGCACGUGCAGCUGGACUCGCUGAUGGAGAUCGUGGGGCGCGGGGAGAGCUUCUACCCGGGCUGCUGGUGCGCACGGGGCGACUCCUGGGCCGGCUGCAUGCCAGAGAGCGAGUACGAGAAGCUGAAGUGAGGGGUGGCCGACCACUGCCGAGCCGACCGUGUCGCCCUGCUGACAGGGGCCGACGAUUGCUGAUGGCCGAGGGCCCGGUGCCGGCGGCCGACAGCGGCACGUCUUCCUGGACUGCCGUCACCUUCCUGACGUAAAGUUGCGUGUGUGGCGCGUGCAGUGGUCGCUCCUUGGUACAAUCGCACGGCGUUAUGUUAAUCAUACGCUGCACGGAGCAGGGCGCUUCACGGCUGCAAUGCUGUCCAGAAAUCGUGCAACUAUUAGAUGGGGCAAACAAGCCCACUCGAACUCAACUAGCAGAGUCCAAGGCAAGUCCAAGACAAAGCUUUCAACAAGCUUUCAAGUCCAAGACGAGCAUGGUCAUGCAUUCAUGAAGCUUCAACACUGAUCCACUACUCAAUGCAUGGUGGUACGCUAUUGGGCUGGCUGCGAAAGCAGUGCGAACAUACUAAAUACAUUUCUACAUGACCC